ACGACUAGAUUCUCUUUGGCGUGCAGACUGCAGACACUAAUAACAAAUGGUGAAUUAAUCGCCGAUUCGGGUUGUUUGUAAAGGACUUUUGACAUUUGGGGAUAACUUUUGUGAAAUCCGUUGGAAAAUUCAACGUAUAUGAGAAUUUUUAUUCCGGAAAUUUGGUGUUUUGUGUGUGCUUAUCGGUGCCUUUCUGUGACGUUCUAGGAUAUUUGCAGGAACUUAAUACAGGAACGAUAGGCUUCUCCAAAUGAGUGGUAGAAUUCAGUGAAGCAAUAGAAGUAGAUAACGAAGUUAAUGAAAGAUCUGAAAAAUAGUACAAAAACAGUGCCAUAAGUCUUGUUGACUAGAGUGACCUGAACAAUGAAUGAAAAAUAAUAUGAAAUGGCCCUAAAACUACGAAAAGAUAUUAAAAAAUCAAGCUACUACGUAUGGUUCUUGGGAGCGAAGGAAUCGAAAGGACUGCGAGGCACAGAAUACAUUCUUCCCGUUAUCAAACAUCUAGAAGAACGCGAAAAAGACGUGGAACCAUUCAAAGUUACCCUCCAAGUUUCACACAAGGGUCUAAAAAUCAUCCAAAAUAUCGUAUCGCAAAACCCGAAAAACUCGAAACCGAAAAAUGAAACGAUAAAACACUUCAUCCCUCACAAUACCAUCACCUGCGUGUACCAACACGAAGACGUCAUAGCUUGCAUUUUGCUGUUAUUCAAUCCCGUCACGAAAUGUCCCCUGCACGUCCAUGCCUAUAGGUGCGAUAGUUUAGAGACUGCUACACUUCUGAAGAAUCAGUUGCAAACUCUGAUAGAGAGGCCGGAGAACCAGAAGAAAUUCGCUGAGAUAGAGGGGCGGUUGAAGCCGCAGGAGUUGAAAAAAGUUGAGAGUAGUAUAGGCAGCGAUACAGGAACGUCGACUAGGGAGAGCGAGAGUAGUGAAGAAAGAUUCACCGUUGAAAACACCCGGGUCACAACGCUCUAUGACUCUGUAGCAGCGGAACUUCGAGAAAAACUCGGUAAGAAAAACUCACCCAUUCUCCUUCCACCUCGAGACUACGACACGGUCCACAGGACGAAGGGAAAUCUGACGGGGAUCGAAUUGAGGAGAUGCCUGAAUGCCAAUAUCGUUGGACAAAAUGUGAAGGGCAGGCGGAUAGAAAGUAGCGGAGGUAGCUCUGGAAUUGGCUCAGAUCAUCCACCGAGUCCCGAUUCUCCAGACGCUCCUGAUUCCAGAUUCAAUACUCUUGACAAUCAGAGUACUAGUGAUGAGGAUUGGAAUGGAGACCCAGCAGAAUCCACUAUCUAUCUUAUGCACCAACCGGCGCAAGUAGAUAUUGAACGUUCCAGUAGGGAAAAAUCUCCAGAUCCAGUUCAGAGGUUCUCCAGAUACGCUGAUCCCCCCUCUUCAAAAUACGAAGAACACAAUUACAGGCCAGGCAAAAACAUCAGAGAUGAAACACAUAAAUAUUUAGAAAAACCAAUAGCGAAAUUCUCUGAUAAAAAAUAUCUGGAGAGACAGAAAAGCUUAGAAAAGGGGAAGCAGCUGAAGAGCUACGAUAGACACGGAAGUUACGACGAAUUAGAAAGAGAGAGAUAUUCGAACACUCUGGAGAAGAAGGAAAAGUUCAAUGGCAAUAAGUAUUAUUAUCAAGGCAGCGUGGGCGACGAUCGCGAUAAUAAGUACUAUGAUGACGAGAGAUAUCCUGAUGAUUCCAGGAGAGACAGGGAUGGAUAUUCUGUCAGGAAAGGUGAUAGGGAUAAGCCUGUGAAAUAUUUCGAAGACGACGGAUUUGAUGAAAAUAUAAGGUAUCGAAGUAAAUCAACAGAUUUCGAUAGAGAACAGCCCCAGCACUUCUCCUACGAUGAAGAUGUAUUUUUCGACGACAAGCAUCGCCAGUUCAAAGAAUUCCCGGUACCGAAGGUUAGGCAACGGUACGUUCCCGAAGAAGCAAUCAAAUAUUAUCAAGACAGUUCUAGAAGUAGCGACAGGGGCCCGAAAAGUCCAACUAGAUGCAAUCCAGACGAUCCUCGAUACUACACCGAACCAGUAAUAGAUCCCAAAUCAAUUCCAAGACCGACAUCACACAAAGAAAAUUCUGGCAAACUCCGUAGUAAAAGCGAAAGGGAAGAGAGGUCUGCGAGGUCCCAAGAAUACUUCGAGGAGAAUACUCUGAACAGAAGAAAUGCUCAAUAUCGACAAGCGUCGCCAGCUUCGGAUGAAGUUAAGGCUCCGAGAGAUCGUUUCAAAGACGCCAAGGAAAAGUUUCUGCUGAUGGAAAGAGAACGGUUGGAGAAUGAGAGAAGGGGGCCUGAACCUCCCAUAUCUCCGGUGCAGCUGAAGGAGAAACAACCUUAUGGAAAGAAAUACGAAAAUGGGGGAUACGGAAAAGAAACUUCUAGAAACAGUUAUGAUGAACGUUAUUAUGACGAUCGGAGAGGACAUUUGGAAGAAGUGCGACCGAAACCGGCCCCGAGACACCUCCCUGAGGAACACCGUUACAGAGAGAGAAAUGGCGAGCGCGGCAUGAGAGAGCGAGAAAGAGACGAGCCUCUCGAUAGAUACCGUCAUACCGAUAAGUUCGAUCCGAAGAGGAGGUCAAUGUUUUCACUGAUAGAAGAGGAGCACCGAAAAAACUCGAAUGAAAUUGCUAAAGAACUAAAACGAAGAUCCUAUAUGGAUGGCAACACCUACGAGGAGGAUAUGGACAGAUUCAACAGAGACAGAUACUAUCAAGAUAUGCCCGAAUCCGAUAGAUUUUUAGAUAAUUAUUCCAAGCCGAGCAUAGAACCAGAUAAAAUAAGCGAAAUUAAGCACGAUCAAAAGUUCGUGAAGAACCAGAAGGUUGUUAAGAACUCAGCUGGUUAUAGGCACAGUUACGCAGAGCCCAAGAUGAGGAUGGAGAAGAGUGGGAAAAAAAACUUUUCCGAAAUGCUGCAUAGAACUAACAGUUCUGUAGGUAAUAAUGGUAGGGUCGGUAUAGCAAGUGUCCACCCAUAUUAGAUGAUAGUUGUUAUAUAUAGAUAUCUUGUCCAAUGGAUUGAAUGAUGCGGUUUUAGGUUCUUUAAUAAUUUUGUGAUAUUUUUCUAGAAAGAGGUACGUAGAAAAAUAUUUUCAGAAUACAGAUACUCUCACGUACGAAGUGUAAAUUGGAUAUAUUUGGAAUUGUUGAAAUGAUCUAUAUUAUGUGUCUCAGACUGAGCAUGAACAUCCAUGCCAUUCUUAGAAGAAAUAGUGGUUGAAAACAUUGAACUAUGUGAUAGAAGAUUUAUUUUCGUACUUGACCUCUGAAAAAAUAGAAUGGUGGUAGUAUUUUUUCAAUUUCACUACUGGAGAAUGUGAGUUUACAAUUAGUUACGAUAAUAUUUAUAUUGAACGUCUUGAUAGAAAUAUUAACCCAAGAGCUAGUGACAAAAAAAACUGACAAUGA